AUGAGGCCGACUUUAGUGCUUCUACAGUCACAGUGUCUCCUGUGUGUGUUUGUUGGCGUGUUUGUGCCCGUCACUGUGGGCUCGAUACCUCACACACUACCAUGGCAUGUCUCCUGCCCAGCACGGUGUGUGUGCCAGAUCAAGCCAUGGUUCUCUCCUGAUUCAGUCUACCAUGAAGCUCCCACUGUGGACUGCAACGACCUGCUGUUGACCAAGCUCCCCUUACCCAUACCCCUGAACACACACACCCUGCGCCUGCAGAGUAACCUCCUGUCUGAGCUCAACACUGUGGUUCUGCACGGACUCCCCAAUCUCACCGACCUUGACCUUUCUCAGAAUCGCUUCAGCAAUGUCAGGACAAUAACUCAGAACUUGUCCCUGCCCUCACUGCUGUCUCUACACCUGGAGGAAAACCAUCUCAGUCACCUCCCUGAGGCCUCAUUCUCCUCACUGCCGGCUUUGCAGGAACUCUUUCUCAGCCACAACAACUUACACUUAAUGGCACCUGGAGCCUUCACCGGUCUGGACUCCCUACUGCGCCUUCAUAUCAACAACAACAGACUCACUACCGUUGACCCUCGAUGGUUCAGGGCUUUGCCCCGCUUGGAAGUUCUCAUGCUUGGGGGGAACCCUGUGGAAGCCCUUCCUGAGCGAGGUUUCCCGGCCCUAAAAUCCCUCCGGAGUCUUGUCCUUGGUGGUAUGGGUCUGAGAGGCCUAGCUGAAAAAGCACUCGAAGGGUUGGAUGGCCUGGAGAGCCUCUCCUUCUAUGAUAACCUUCUGACCAAGGUUCCCACACAGGCCCUGAGGAGAGUGCCAGGGCUGAAGUUCCUCGACCUCAACAAGAACCGCAUCAAACUAAUCGAGACGGGAGAUUUCCGAGACAUGAUCCACCUGAAGGAGCUCGGCCUGAACAACAUGGAGGAGCUUGUUUCUAUUGAGAAAGCUGCCAUUGAGAAUCUUCCAGAGCUCACCAAGCUGGAGAUCACCAACAAUCCACGUCUCUCCUACAUUCAUCCACAGGCUUUCCUCCAGCUAAGCAGGCUCGAGACUCUAAUGCUGAACUCCAACUCUCUCAGCGCUCUGCACAAGCACAUCAUGCUCUCCCUGCCCAGUCUUCGGGAGGUCAGUUUACACUCCAACCCACUACGAUGUGACUGCCUGUUUCACUGGGCUGCAGAGGAGGACUCUCACCCUCACACUGAGAAAGACACACAAACAUAUACCCGAACAGCUCGGAUGGUGCGUUUCAUCCAACCCCAGGCCACCUUGUGCUCUGAGCCACCAGAGCUGAGAGCUCGCAGGGUGAGAGAGGUGUCCUCCAGGGAGAUGUCGGCCUCCUGCCUCCCCUUGAUACCCACCAGCUCCCUCCCCUCCUAUGUAGGAGUAAGAGAAGGAGGUAAACUGGUUUUGCACUGUAGAGGUCUUGCAGAUCCACAGCCUGAACUGUACUGGGUAACUCCCUCUGGGCUGAGACUUCGUCCUGCCCCCAGCCAUGCAACCAAAAGUUUACCAGCUCCUGCUCCCUGUCACAGCCUGACAACCUCUGAGGGAUUCAACCACACAUCUGCCUCCAGCAUCUCUCACAGCCGGGCUCAAGAUGAUCAUCCCUGUAACCCCUCCAAACACUACCGGCUACUGCCUGAGGGAACUCUGGAGAUCAACAAGGUCACUCCCAGCGAGGCGGGAUUGUAUACCUGUGUAGCUGAGAAUGUGCUAGGAGCAGACACACGCAGUGUUACUGUGGGUGUGCAUAGCAGAGAAAAGAAAAGAGAAAGGGGCAUGUCUGCUAAUCUGAAAGAAUUUCCAUUAUUCAGAGUGGAUGCCAGGUUGGAGGUGAGGGAAGUCGGACAAUACUACGCUAUCCUGUCCUGGCAGAGUGGGCGCAACCUACCCUCAACUCGCCUGUCCUGGCAAGCCAUAUACUCAAAUGGACACACUCCAACAUACACCACACGCGUACUGGCCGGCACGCAGAGUUUCAACCUGACCCACCUGCAGGCAGAGACAUUUUAUCGUGUGUGUCUACAUUUAGGGAUCAGUGAGGACACCAAGUAUGCCAACCGGAGAUCAAGAGAGAGCAGAAAGCCUCAGUGUGUUUCAUUCAGGACAAAGGACGUCCAAGAACCUGAGCCCAGACUGCACCUAAGCCAAGAGUUGAUCUCCAUAGCGGUUACACUUCUGCUCCUCGCACUGAUACUGCUGCUAUUGGCAGGCCAGGGCUUGAAAACUCAGCCCAGUGAGGGGGCAGAAAAGCUCCACAGUAGCCUCCUCCAGGAAAUCAAAAGUCCCAAGGCUCCGAUCAUCAAUCAAAAUACUGAAGGGAGCAACAAACAUCAGCCAAAGCAGAAUGAGAAACUGCUAUUACAUGAAGACUGCUGA